AUGGCUGAAAAGAAGCAUGAGGAUAUCUCUCCAAACGAGUCGCUCUCAGCAGACCGGCACGAAGAAAAGAUUGGCAUCGAACGGCAAGAUGUCCUCGAUGUCCCUGCAGACCAAAAUCUGAGCACUGUCUUUGAGAACCCACUCGCCGGCAUUCCCAGAGAGAACCUGCUGAAGAAUGUGGAAGAGUUCUGCCAACAACAUGACCUGAUGGAGCACAUUGAGGUCUUCCGCAAAGGUGCCUUGAUCGCACAACGGCCCAAUGCUGUCCAAGAGAUCGACGACUUGACGGCGGAGGACAAAGAGCAAAUCGCUCGCGAGCACACUCACAAGUGGGAUCAGCCGUGGAUGCUCUACUUCCUCGUCUCCAUGUCCUCGCUGGCCGCCGCUGUGCAGGGCAUGGAUGAGUCCGUCAACAAUGGAGCUCAGGCUUUCUAUCUCGAAGAGCUGAACGUCUCCCCCUCAGACCGCUUCUCCCAGUCGAUGCAGCAGAAUCUGACAGGCUUGAUUGUCGGUGCUCCGUAUCUGGCGUGCGCUCUCCUUGGCUGCUGGCUCACUGAGCCGCUCAAUAGAGUCUUUGCUCGUCGAGGGACCAUUUUCAUCUCGUGCUUCAUUGCUGCUGUCGCAUCGAUCUGGGAAGGAGUCGCCAACAGCUGGGUGAAUUUGUUCCUGGCUCGCUUCGUGCUGGGUCUCGGCAUCGGCAGCAAGUCGUCUACAGUACCUGUGUAUACUGCAGAAUGUGCUCCUGCUCCGAUCAGAGGUGCUCUCGUCAUGCAGUGGCAGAUGUGGACCGCAUUCGGUAUCAUGAUGGGUAAUAUCAUGGGCGUCGCUUUCGGAGGCCUCCGCCCUGAUCUCGCCUGGCGUCUCAUCCUUGGCUCUACGGUCGUGCUUCCGGUAGUCGUCUGCGCUCAAAUCUACUUCUGCCCCGAAAGUCCACGUUGGCUCCUCCAACACGGCAAGAUCAAGCAAGCCUUCAAAGCCUUCCGCAUUCUUCGCAAAUCAGACCUCCAAGCAGCGAGAGACCUCUAUUACACUCACGUUGGAGUCGAGAUCGAGGCCAAGAUCAACACGGGCAAGAACUUGUUCACGAUGUUCUGGGAGUUGUUCAGCAUCCCUCGCAAUCGACGUGCGACUUGGGCGACGUGGAUUGUUAUGUUUGGACAGCAGUUCUGUGGUGUGAAUGUGAUCGCCUACUACAGCACCACCAUCUUCGAAGACGCCGGUUACGGUCGUAGCAGCGCUCUCCUCGUCGCCAUGGGCACCGGAAUCCUCAACUGGGUUUUCGCUCUUCCCGCCUUCUUCACCAUCGACACCUUCGGACGUCGGCCCUUGCUUCUCAUAACAUAUCCCUUCCUGUGCAUAACGCUGCUCUGGACGGGGCUCAGCUUCUUGAUCCCUUCGACCCAAGUUACCGCGCGGACUGCUAUGAUCACGACGGGCAUGUAUCUCUUCGAGGUGUUCUAUAGUCCCGGCAUGGGUCCGGUUCCGUUCUCGUACUCGGCUGAGGCUUUUCCGAUGCAUGUGAGGGAUGUGGGGAUGUCGUGGGCAACGGCGACGACGUGGUGUUUCAACUUCAUUUUAUCCUUCACCUGGCCAUCUCUCGUAGGAGCCUUCAAACCCGAAGGUGCAUUUGGAUGGUACGCAGCCUGGUGUCUCAUCCUCUGGGUGCUGGUCUUGCUCUUCAUGCCAGAGACUAAAGCACUAACUCUCGAGGAGCUUGAUCAAGUCUUCAGCGUGCCAACGUGGAAGCAUUCCAGGUAUCAGCUGAAGGCGGCCUCGCGGUUCAUUAAACGAUUUGUCCUGUUUCAGAAGAACGUGGAGCCGUUGCCACCUUUGUAUCAGGGUGCUGAGAAUCUGAAUGAGUCCUGA